CCUCCCCCCCCCCCCCCCCUCCCCCGAUAUGAAUUUUGUUCUGACAGCACUGUUUUGAUUUUCAGGAUAUUUUGCAAGCCAUUUCCCUAUUCUUGCUCCAGUAGUUUCUUAAAAUGUUGUAAGUGGUAGCAUCAUAGGUAAGAGACUGAUCAAGAAACAUAGAAGUCUUUAGAAAUAUGCAAAAGUUUAACCAAAAUCGUAAAUUUUCCAAGCUGAUUCAUUUAUACUUAAAGUUAGUUCUAUUCAUUUAAUUCUCAUAUAACAUUUGGUAAACUAAAGCUUUUCGUCUGACACUCUUCAGAGUUUAAAACGUCAGAACAUAGAUCAAAAACUCUACGCUAAGAAAUAUAUAUACCCAGUUGUGGAUCGAAAUAGGCCAAUCAGAAACACGAGCACAUGACUGUAAAGGUUGACCAAUCACUGCCGCUUGCCUAUUAGAAUGUUACCAAUGGAGUCCUAAGGUGAAAACGAAUUCCUUUUGUCUACACAGUAGCGGUUUUUUCGUGCUUAUGUAGAUAGAUUCUAAAACUGCUAGGUGGAACGACGAUUGGGCUUUACCAAUAAUCCGAAACAUGUCGCCAUUAUAGUUUUUUGCACAAUCUGGGUUUUCUAGCAAAUGCUGCGGGAUAGCAGAAUCGCAGGUUUUAGUAGUAAUUUUGGAUUUGCAAUACCGAGGUGGCUGUUCUCUUUGGGGAUGUGUUUUGUUUCUAAUAUUAGAUGGAACGUGUUGUUUUAUCCUAUCCUCCAAUCUUUGGGUGGUGCGUCCUACGUAGCCAGAAUCACACUGGCACGUAAAUUCAUAAACUACAGAACUUUUUUUGUGGCAGGAACGCAGUCCUUUUGAAUGGACGGAAGGGCCUUUUUUUGUACUGUAAACAACACGUGGGUUAACAACAUGAUUCAACCAGCAGCAAAUGUCAGCAUGCAAAUACUGACCCAUACUGCUCAUAGGCUUGUACAACUUCCUAACCUUUUUUGGAAAAAAACUUUCAACUUGACAGUGCAAAUAUGACAAUAUUUUCAAAUAUCACAUCAUGAUGUCAGCAUAGUAUCGAAAGGCUUUGUAAGCUUAAUUUGUUAAGGAUUGAAGAUCAUAUGCAGAGCUAGAUUACUUUAUAUAGCUUGGUUUUGUCUAGGCUCAGGACCUUUAAAUAUAUUUGCUUGCCUUAAGUUGCCUGAAGUCUUUGUCAAUUAACUUUGACAUAAUGUUACAAUGGAGUUGGUUUUUUUGAGAAAUUGAAACUUCAAAAAAGUUUGAAACACCACUUUUGAUAACUAAUUUCAAAAUGGUUGCUCUUAUUUUUCAUUCAAGGUCAUCCAUUUUUCCAUGAAUUUAUGGACGACCCAUACGUAAAAAAAAAUUCUUGGAAAUUGGAUCCCGGUUUGUUGAAGGCAUUGCUGUUGGGCAGGUUCUACCAGAACCUUCCAAGCCAACUGGAAGGAUUGAUCUUAACUUCUUAUUUAUCUAAGAGAUAAUCUAAAAACAACUAUUUCUAAGACAAUACUGCAUGCCGAAAGAUUCUGUAACAUGUAGAGAACCUAUACCGUAUAAUGCACUAGCAAAACACGUACAUGCAAUAUGAUACAAUUUUUUUUAAAAUGUCUUCUUGUAUUCUACAUUAUACAAAACUAAUAGUGUGAUAAAUAUUCUGAAAUGAUUCUAUCACUUUUUCAUCAUGCCUCUAGUAACCCUAGUAAUAAGUUAAUUUUACAAGGUUGCAAAUUUUGGUGUUGAAUAAAUUUUGAGCAUUUUAGGAAUGGAAGAUCAUUGAUACCUUCUUGAAAGAGGAUAUUCAAUCCUUUCAAGUUGAUAGCAAAAGAAAACUGAUUGGAGCUGCUGUGUUGGGGAAAGGUACUUAGCUCUAUUUUCCCUUUAUUUUCCAUUUUCCCAGGGCCUGGGCAUCAUGUUUGUCUUAACACGCUACAGGCUUUGUUGAAAAACAUUUGGCUUUUUGAGUGUUUUCAAAUGAAAAAUAUUUUUAUUCCACUUAUUGCUCUGCUCUUUCUGAAAGCAAAAAUUUGUCCUUUUGGGUAAAUUGCUCUCUGCCCCUUCAAAUUUGUUAUUGGAAAGGUUUGCUCGUGUUCAUAUGGAGCCAAAGGGAUCAUUUUUAUUAGCAAAUAUAUUGGAUUGGUCACUGUAUAUAUUUUUUAAGAAUAUCACAUUUUAUUUUUUUCAUUUCUGAAGACUUGAAAAAGAGGAACAUGUGGAGGGAGGAGUAUCGUCAAAAAGACUGGUGGCCUGAAAACCUCCCUUUCAGGUCACCAAAUGCAGCUCCAAAAUUUGAUGUUAGGGAGCUGGAUGAUAUCCUUGAGUCUUGCUCAAGAUACAUCCAGUCAAAAUCAGAACAUCACACUGGUGACAUGGCAGCUGAAGGGAGGCAAGCUGAAGAAGUCAUUGAGGAUAUGGUGGACUUCAAUGCACUCCUAUGCUCUGAGGAUGAUGAGUUCAUUGAAGCAACUCUUGCCCCAUAUCGUGUAAGACCUUUAGUAUCAAUGUAAAUUUUUUUAUGUAGCUUUUUAUGUACCUGUAACAAGGGACCAAUUCAAGCAUAUAGCAUUUAGGGUGCUUGUUAUCAAGAUGAAAAUUUUUCACAAACAACUGCAAGGAAAGUUUUCCUCUCUUCAAUAACAAAAGUUUACAUAGCUUUUUGAGUAAAAAUUGGCUUUUUAGAAUUAUGCCAAACUGUUGAUUUCUUUUAGAUUAAGACUAGUCUUCCAAACAACAUGCUGACCUUAAAUAAAAACAUUUAUAAAUACGAGUAUGUGUACUGUAUGAGUAUUUAAAAAUUGAGGUCAAGAAACAAAUUUUAUUGUGUUUCAAAUAAAAUUUUGUUUUAGAAAUAAGCCAAUUUUUGUGUAUUUUAGCAUUGCCUAAGGGAUAAUGAUGCUUGUCAAAGCCAUUGCGGGUGCUUCAAAAUUGAGUGUCCUGCAAGAAUUGCUUCGCGUUUUGCCCAAACAGCUUGAACCAGCUGAUGCUUCACUGGUAGGGGAGAAAAACAUUAAUCUGUGGUAAGUGUUCCGAAACUACCUCGUUUUUUAUGUAUUAAGAAACAUGUAUGUACUCCACAUACCCAAUCCAUUAUGUUUCAGAUAUUUGGAAUACUAUAUUAUUUAUUUGCUAACCUGUUUAUGUCUUAAAAUCUUUGGUGUCAUUUUUAAGGCGUUUUUGAACACUAGAAAUUCUUCUCCAUUGAAGUGUGUUCUAUUCUAAAAAAUGUUUAUCCAAUCUCUUGAAAUAAUGCUUGACCAAUACUUGGUUCUGUACACCAUUUUUUGAAUAGUUCUUUUUAGAUGCAAGUAUCUUUUUCUUCGUUUAGUUCCAAUCAGACAAGCUGAAGAAUGUUUCCUUACAGCAGUUUGUAAAGCAAUUUGUGUUUAAUUUCUUUGAUUAUAUUUCAUAUUUCAUAUAUUUUAUGUUUAAUCACUGACUAUAUUUCUUUUCCUCAAAAAGGCUUCACCAUCUCGUUCCCGAUGAGCUACGUGAUGCUGGAAAACAACCAAUUAGUGUCAAAGCAGAUGGUACUUGUAUGUUUCGCUCCAUUUCCAUUGCGAUUUAUGGUAACGAGGAUAGCUGGUGCUUUAUUAAGCUUCAAGCCUUGAAAUAUGGCACUUUGCAGUUUGAUGAUGUGAUCAGGAGGGUAAGUGAAUUUUUUGAGUCUGGGUGAGUGAGUGAUAUAUCAAGUAGAAUCUCCCAUGUUUCAUUUCAAGACUUUCAAGAUCUCGUACAAAAAUUAGAAUAGGAUCUUGGAGAGAAAUUGAUGUUUUAAAUUAUUUACCCUUUCUUGAUCAUGACGGUCUUUCAGAUGGUGCGGUAUGAAUCCUUGUGAGCCAUUAAAUUAUUGCUGCUUAAAAUAGAUUUAUAUUGCCAUAAGGAAAUUUACUAAAGUAACUAUUAUUUCUAGAUAGCAAUAUAUGUUCAAGAUAGAUAGGAUUAGAUCAGAUUAGCUAGCUUGAUUGUUGAAUCAAACUGCCAAAAGAAUAUAAUAACACUAUCUAUUAAAGAUAAAAGCACUACGGAAGUAACCGUAUCUUCAUAUAGCUUCUCCCGUUUUUUGUGAGGCUAUUUUACUGUGUGAUUGAUUGUUUGCGCAAUUUAAAAUACUGUGAGUAUUCGUUUAAGAGAUCACCAUAUUAGCAAGUAGCCUGUAGCAUUUGUGAUAGUUCAUGUAUGAUUUAAAGUUGCAGAUAAUCGAUCAAGUUUGUGGCAGUCUGUGUCAUCAAAUCACUGAUUCAGCAACCUUUAAUGAAUGCAGUCAAUUGAGAGAUCCCAUAGAGCAGCUUAAAGCCUGUGCUUUGGCUGAGGUUGUCAAAUCUGUGGACUUUUAUCGCUUUGGAAGUAAGUGUUGAAUUCUAACAUCGAUGUGAUGUUCAGGGUCAACUGUAUAUACCAAUCUCUUUUUAUAAUUGUAAACCUACAUAAAUUUACUCUUAUGGCCGUUUAAGUGAUUUAGCUAAUCGUUAUGAAGUAAGGAAAAAAAGAACUAUGUAACGGUUGCAAAGGACAAUGUAAGCUACUCGAUUGCCAGUGAAUUUGCCUCCACAAUAAAAAACUUUUUUAGGGCUACCAAUGAUACUUAGAAAUGGCGUCUUGCAUUUUCUCGCAGUGAAUUGACAUAAUUUUAAUUUUUCUACAGCCUUGUUGCAUUUAAUGCUCAUAUCUGGGGCGAUGAAAGCAAUUAUUAAUUGCUUUUCAAAGCAAGAGGUUUUGGAGCAGAAGAUAUUGCAAGAUGACGCAGAAAUGGAUGUUGCCAUUAUGUGGGUUCCUACUGUACCCAAUGGCAACUUCAACCAUUGCGCAAUACUUUGUUGUCUAGAGACUCUGACAACUGUGACAUAACGUGUAACGGGGUUGCAGUGUGUGCGCGUUUCUUCGGACAUGCCACUGAAGCACGUUUCAUAUUGUGUCACUACUGUCUUCGCCGUUACCACGAGUACUGCGUAGGUGAACGCUUUGUGCUAGGUGAGAAAUGGAACUGUUCUUGCCACAUUAACAUCAACGCUCUUACAAGGUAAGUCUGAUGUAGCUAGAGGCUCUGACACAUUCUUUUUACUUUUUACUCUUAAGUAUAUUCGUCAGCUUUUCAAUUCGCCUUGUCAUUCUGGUUUCAUCAGUCCAAUCAUGCCGUUUGUUCUAACGGCCAUUUAAAUUUGACUCGUUGAUAUCUCUCUCUCAUUAGUUUGCUUUGCUAAUUUGUUCACUCUUUUGUCGUUUUCUUCCUAGAAGCUGUAAAAAUGCUGAUUUUUCAUUUUCGUAACCGAUAGUACUUCCAUGAGAUGAUACCUUCGUUUAAAGAUGCUUGAGUAAGGUCCAUUUCUGUAAUUGUUUGCAUUUGGGGGCGCUUUUCUUGUUAUAGAUUAUACGCUAUAUGACAAGAACAGUAGUAACGCUAUUUGUGUAUUGACUGAAUUAAUUAAGACAACUGGUAUACAGCUGAGCACUGUCUUAAACUCUAGCUGUACUGAUGAGCCUUGAUAUUAGGCGAAACCAGUUCCUUACCAAUUAUUAUUAUAACUUCUGUGUAAAGGGAAAGCAUGCAAUCUAGUGCCUGCGAAAGGUUAGCAGUAGCGUUUAGCUGUGGUGCAUGAUAUAUGAGCUUUUAUAAUUAUAAUUUUUGGCAGUCUUCCAAUGCUCAACGAUAAAGAAGAGGCUAAGAAACUUCUCCUCGCACGUUCAAAGGAUAUUGAGAAAUUUUCGGCAAACAUCUCGAAGAAGUUGAUUUUCUCGCCUCGCAUCUUUAUGUUCGAAGCCAACAGCAGCGAACUACUUCGUGAAAUGAGCAAUUUCAUGUGGCUAAUGGACUCUUCUGUGGUAUGUUUUUUACUUUCAUGGUCAUUCUUGUAAUUAAAUACUGUUUUUAUCAACCCACUAUUCUUAUAUAAUUUCGAUAUUCACAAAGCUUUGAUAGUACUCUCUCACAUACCACAUUUCAGUCAAUCGCUUCUUAUCUGCCGAACUUAAAUCCAUUCAAAAGCUUUACUUUUGUGUUAACAUGUGCUGCAACAAUACUAUAACAUUUAUUGGAGCAGAUAUUCAUUGAAUUUGUUAAUCGUGUCGGAAAUCAAAUCAAGCAGUUCAAAGGGUUGGAUUUAUCACAAAGAACGGACUUACAUACUGACGUGCUGUUUCCAGAGGUAACUCUCUCUGCCAUUGCUGCCAUUUAAAGAUAGCUAAAUCCCAUGUUUAUCUUCAGAUAUUACUAGUACUGUAGUUCCAUCUCUACCUAACAACAAUCAAGUGUAAAUAUCUCCUAACAUAGCUUUCUCUACAUUGAAAUUUUUUUUAAAAGCUAGUGGGUAUUUUUAUUGGGGAUGAAGAGUAUAAACACAUACCUUUUCAAAGUAUUAAUAAAAUCUUAUCUUUUUUAGAUCAUAGCCUAUCUCAUACAUCGUAUCGACGACAUAUCAAUUACACAUGCACGCGAGCUUAUACACCGAAGAGUAUAAAGCCGUUUCUCCUUAAACUCGAAUUAUGUUUUCUAAAUUUCUUCGCAAAAAAUAUAUAGAAUAAUUAAAUUAAAUGCAUUAUGCGUCCUUAAGCAACCAAUUAUUAACUUUUCGUUCAAUUAACAUCAAAAUCCCCUGCAGCAUUGAUUCCCAAAGUAUAUCUGACGAUUGGCUACUAAGAUGAAAAAAUGUCCACUUUUUGCGUUCAGUAGCCAAUGUAUCCAUCGCAUGUAUAAAAGUUGUUGGAACCACAUGAAAUCACGAUUUUUAUAAAACAAUGAUAUUUAUAGCAUAGAUGUUGUGUUUUAAUGUAAUUUCCGUUAAAGUUUUGUCGAGGUUUUAGUAUAUCUGACGAUUGGCUACUAAGAUGAAAAAAUGUCCACUUUUUGCGUUCAGUAGCCAAUGUAUCCAUCGCAUGUAUAAAAGUUGUUGGAACCACAUGAAAUCAAGAUUUUUAUGAAACAAUGAUAUUUAUAGCAUAUAUGUUGUGUUUUAAUGUAAUUUCCGUUAAAGUUUUGUCGAGGUUUUAGUAUAUCUGACGAUUGGCUACUAAGAUGAAAAAAUGUCCACUUUUUGCGUUCAGUAGCCAAUGUAUCCAUCGCAUGUAUAAAAGUUGUUGGAGCCACAUGAAAUCACGAUUUUUAUAAAACAAUGAUUUUUAUAGCAUGUAUGUUGUGUUUUAAUGCAAUUUCCGAUAAAGUUUUGUCGAGGUUUUAGUAUAUCUGACGAUUGGCUACUAAGAUGAAAAAAUGUCCACUUUUUGCGUUCAGUAGCCAAUGUAAUACAGAGUAUAGAGAGACCAUUCAGGGAUCACCCUUGCUUGUCUUUAAAAACCGAGAUAAGUUUUCUUUCAAGAUUUGAAAACAAACCGUCGGGACUCCAGCGUGAUUGUGGUGAAAUUCAUGAACUUUCAAGGUAAACUGCACGACGGUAAACUGCACCCUGGGGCUCCCUUGAGCAAGGAGUAGUACCUUAUCAGCUCCCCGUGCUAGGGUAACGGUGAAGCUAUUGGCAGCAGGAUAGCGGAUUGCGGAGAUGGGCACACUGCGGUGCAACUGCGGACCAUGGCCAUCCCAGCUUUGUAUGUCUGGCAAAGGUUUGGUGCAACCAAGCAAAUGGCAGAGAUCACCUGCUCAGUUAGCGAGCACUGCGGUUGAAGAAAGAGACUUGGGGCCUCUACUCCACCUUGUCCUAACUCCUGACCACACACAAAAUGGUUGUACAACGAAACAAAACCCCAUACCGCAUCGACCGUCGCGCGGGUCACCAAGGGACGCGUUAUCCAGCGGGUAACCAGGCUGGACACGACAAGUAUGCUACUGGAAAACAAUGCCACAAUAUGCGGAACGAGUUGCGCAUUGGCACUUGGAAUGUAUGCAAACUUAAACAACUAGGAAAGCUUGACACUGUGUGCAGAGAAAUGAGUAGAAGCAAGAUCCAGAUACUGGGAAUUGCAGAAACAAACUGGAACAACUGCGGCAGUUUUGUCAGCGGAGACUCCUUCAAAGUCGUCUACUCAGGAAAAGAAGUCGUAUACAGCCAUGGAAUAGCCAUUAUCCUUGCAAAAGAAGCAGCAAAUGCAUUGAUAGGUUACUCGCCAAUAUCAGACAGAAUCCUGAAAGUAUGUAUCAAAGCCAAGCCAUACAAUCUCAGCAUUGUACAGUGCUAUGCUCCAACAAGCACUGCCAGUGACGAUGAACUUGAAGAAUUCUACAACCAACUGCAAGAGACAUUAGACGCCAUACCCAGCCGUGACAUUAAAAUCGUGAUGGGAGACCUGAAUGCCAAGGUAGGAACAGCAAACACAGCCACACCAACACACGGAACUUGUGGACUUGGCAUCAGAAACGAAAGAGGAGAAACUCUCAUUGACUUCUGUAAAGUAAACAAUCUUGUCGUAGCCAACACGCUUUUUGAUCAGCAUCCAAGAAGACUGUACACUUGGACAUCGCCUGACAGAACGAUCAGAAAUCAAAUCGACUACAUCAUGAUCGAACAGAAAUGGAAAAGCUGCCUGAAAGAUGCAAGAACUCUACCAGGAGCCGACUGCAACAGUGAUCACCAACUUCUGUCGGCCAGGAUCCGAAUGCGACUGAAGAAAUUAGAUCAACCACCACCAACGCUACGUCUAGAUUUCUCCACUCUAGGCGAAAAGUACAAGAUUGAGAUUAACAACAAAUUCGAAUCCCUGCUAGAGUGUGAAACUGAAGAAAUUCCCCCUAACGACUUCAGGAAGUUAGGCAAGGAAUGUCUAGUCGAAGUUGCAAAGCAAACUAUCCAAAAGCGAAAAAAGAUAAAAAAUGAUUGGAUCUCAGAAGAAACAAGAGCAGAAAUCGAGAAACGAAGAUGUCUGAAAGGAACAACCGACGAAUACAAAAAACAAAAUGCAACAGUACAAAGAAUGAUGAGAAAAGACAAAAAUCAGCAAAUAGACAAGAGUCUGUAAGAAAAUUGAAGAAACUAAUUCAACCAGAGAUCUGUAUCGAGGAAUCAAAGAUCUGACCAAAAAGUUCAAACCAACCAUUGACACAAUAAAAGAUGGAAACGGUAAUGCUUUGUGCAAUGGAGAUGAUGUCAAAGAAAGAUGGAAGUCAUAUUGCGAAGAUCUGUAUAAAAUUAAUGACAACUUAGCACACAACAACUUUGCGUUCGGCAAAACCGAAGAAGAACCGCCCCCUAUGCGGAGUGAAAUCCAGAAAGCCAUAAAUGAUUUGAAAAGCAACAAAAGCACAGGUAUCGACGAAGUGGCCGCGGAACUUGUUAAGAACGGUGGAGAGAAUGUCGUCGAGUUUUUCCAUGUUCUCUGCAAAAAGAUCUGGAAAGAUAGAAAAUGGCCAGAGGAUUGGAUUACAUCAGUUUUUGUACCCAUCCCAAAGAAAGGAGACGUUUUAGAAUGCAGUAACAACAGAACAAUAUCUUUAAUCAGCCAUUGCAGCAAGAUCCUUUUAAAAGUUAUAGCCGGUCGUCUGAAAGGUAAACUAGAUGAAGAAAUUGCAGAUGAACAAUGUGGAUUUCGUGCAAACAAAGGCACACGAGAUCAAAUUCUAAACUUGAAGCUGAUCAUGGAAAAACACAGAGAGCAGUGCCAUAACCUGUAUAUGUGCUUCAUAGUAGACCAGGCGGAGAAUGGGGGUAGGGUCCCCCCUAGGGGAAGUAAUUCUAAUUAGGUGGGUUUGAGUAAUUUUGGGGUGCUGAUUCCGAAAAUCGAUGUUAUACGGGCAAGUUGGGGGGCCUUCAGCCUCUAUUUCAUGCCAAAAUCUCGUUUUCAAUCAAAAUAGAGCAAGUUGCUUUUUAAGGGUCCACCCUUCGGUGGAGUAUCUAAAAUUCAUUGGAUCUAGAUAAUUUUAGGAUGCUGAUUCCAAAAUUCGAUACUAUAAGUACGUAUCAGGGGGUGUUUGGCCUCAAUUCCAUGUUCAAAUCUCGUUUUCACGCAAAAAGAACCGAAGUGGCUUGAAAAGAUUCCUUCCAAUUAAGAAAGUUUUCCAAAUUUAGCGCAGUAGGGUAAUUAUGGUGUACUGAUUCUAAAAAUAAUGUUUUAAGGUCUUUUGGGGGUCUUUUUGGCUCCACUUCAUAACAAAGUCUCGUAUUCAAAAAACGCUCUUGAGCAUUAGCAGCUAUAAAACUCAACUAUACUAUAUAUCAUCUAUCAAUCUAUCAAACCAGUUUCCUCCAAUCUAUGUAUAGAAACUGUAUAUUUUAUGAAUUUAUUAUGAUGACGCAUCGUACAAAUCAAUGAUAUCUUCAUUAAAAUCGUUUUCUCUAUCAUUGCUGUCAAUUAGAUUUGCCAGCUUUCAUCCCAUCCAUGAUUAGCUGGGUUGUCCAUAUCCACCAUUAAGCGAUUUGAUCGCUGAUUCUGAGCUUUAAAUUGAAGGUGGCAGCUUUAACUUCAAGGUUUCAUUCGUAAAUUUCUGCAAAAACAUUCUCUUCCUCACGUUGUUUACCGUUUGCAUCCUUUCGUUUCCAUUAAAAUCGUAUAUAAACUUUUCCAAUCCCUUCUCAACUUUUUCGGGUACUUGGUCCCCAGAUUCGUAAAUAUAUUUAGGUAAUCUAUCUUUUUGCCAUUUGUCUCUAAAAAGCUAUUUUCCCUUUUCAAAAAAAUAGAAACAUAGUCAUUUCCUGAAAAGGCAAGAAGACCGAUUAGUGCUCUCCACUUUUCUUAAUGUCACGGUGUUGAAGACGCUACAUUUACAAUUUUCCUUUUUAGACCCGUUCCGUUGUCUAUCAAUACUUGAAUUCCCGCAAAAUUAAGGGCAACAAAGAGGGAUAGGACAUUGAUAUCCCCUGAAGGUGAUCUGACAGAAUCCCCAUUCCUUAGGUUUGCUGCUUUCACUAAAGCAAUCAGCUUUGUAUAUGCUUUUUCGUGAUUGCUCUUCAUUCUUUCAACUAUGACACCUUCAUCUUCCGCCACUUUAGUGCGGUUGUUUUCGUUGGAAAAGAGGACGGACUUUCUUUGUAACUAACUGGCAUCUUUUAUCGCUCAUUGAAUUAAUGUGCAUGGUUCUGUUUUCUCCAUUAAAAUUGCGAGGCACUAUCAUGUCUGGACUGCAAUGUUAUGCAAUGGCUCAAUCUGGCCAAAGCUGUGAUUGGCUGCUUAUGACUAGUAAGAAUGUGAAGCAUGCUUUGGAGUCAAGAACCUUCCCUUUGAUACCGUAUGCACAACAUCUUGGCUAAGUGAACCAGCAAGACGAUUAACUCUUUCACUAGAAUUGUGAUGGCUUUUGAUGAUAAUAACGCUUUAAAAAACACUUCCAACAAUUUGGGACUUGGUGAUGCUUCUCUAGAUCCAAACUUUCAACAGUUGGAGGCCAAGAAAGAGGCAAUGUAUCAUCGACGGAUAUCAAUAUCAGUUCUCUCAAGAUAAAAGCAGCUCUUUUUACCGUGAACUCUUGAAAGAAGCCGGAUUUUUUGGAUAGUAUUGGAGCAUGAAGACAUACCUUACUUAUAACAACUUGCGGUAUUUGGAGCUGCACCUGGACAAAAACAUAUUAUCUCCAUAUAUCUUCGAAAGCUCUUUUAGCUUAUAUCGGGUUUGUUUGCUUCCAAUUGUUCCAUUGUACUCUACCAUGAUGGUCUCUAUUGACAAGCACUGCUGACCUUCAAGAAUAUCAUUUUCAAUCAACGACGGUACUGCAUCAAAGUUAACACAUGUUUCAUCGUCGUCGUCAGUAGAUAUUACUGUAGAGGCUCUUUGUCGAAUAAUCUUGGUGUAAUCUAAAUAGCAUUUUUUAAGACUUCAGAAACUCUUUAGUUUUCAAAUCAGUUUCUGAAACUGCAAUAAUCAUGUCAUAGUCGUCUCCAACCUUUGCAGAUUAUUUCAAAGUACUCUCACCAGCUUCUGUUACAAUGUUAGAUAGCGACUGUGGAAUAGCAUUCACUUUUGAAACCUUCUUCUUACAUAUCAUACAAAUGUCUGGAAAAAGCCUCCUUGGCCCGGUCUUCUCCACGUGUAAACUUCGCUUCUUGUUUCAAUCUCUUCGCCUUUAAUUAACUUUCUCCUCAUCAAUGCUUUUGCAUAAGUGAAUCUCUGAUAGCAUCCUUGACCGUAGAAUAACUCAUCAUGUUCAAAAUGUUGUGCAAGGUUUCCGAAUUGUUCUCUGUGAUAAUUCUCUUCACCAAGGUUUUGGUGAAUUACGCUUUACCCAAUCAAAGAUUAAGAUUAAAACGCUUCCUUUAACGAAAUUUUCGGACUUGCUUAUUGAUUCAUAGCGAACGAUACAAGUUCUUUUAGCUGCCAUUUAGCUGAAAUGUUGAUCGCAAUCAUCAUUUCACAAAAACAAUCUGAGGAUCUUGAGACAUACCAACAACAAACAUGAAUCACAGGCAUUGCAGUCUUCAUUUGCUUUCAGAUUAGGUGUUACAAUUUGGUGUACUGUAAUGUGAUGCAAUGUACGAUACUUUGUUAUGAAGUGGAGCCAAAAAGACCCCCAAAAGACCUUAAAACAUUAUUUUUAGAAUCAGUACACCAUAAUUACCCUACUGCGCUAAAUUUGGAAAACUUACUUAAUUGGAAGGAAUCUUAUCAAGCCACUUCGGUUCUUUUUGCGUGAAAACGAGAUUUGAACAUGGAAUUGAGGCCAUACACCCCCUGAUACGUACUUAUAG